CGACAGAAGAGAAGAUGCCCGGCCUGCACCGUCGCCUCGUCCUGCUGUUGCUGUGGCUGGGCCCGGUGGCGGGCGAGGCCUCGGGCCUCGCCGGUCGCCCACCUCCGGCCGAGUAUCCGGGUCACUGCGUCAGGAUCCCUCCCGGUUUCUCCUCCGCCAAAACUCCCGGCGACAACGGAUUCAGGAUCAGGAUUUCGGGAAACCCCGACCGAUAUGUUCCCGGAGAGAUGUACACCGUGGGACUGCAGGGCUACAGGACACAGUACAGCGUGCAGAAGUUCGUGGGAUUCCUCCUGGUGGCCGAGCCCAAAGACCGCAAGAACGACGUUUCCGCUCUUUCCGACGUGGGUGUGUUCCAGCUGUACGGAGAUGCGCUGUCCACUUUCUCCGAAGACUGUCCCAACGCCGUGGUUCAGACCUCGCCCAUCCCCAAGUCCGAAAUCCAGGUUAUGUGGACGGCGCCCCCGGCCGGAUCCGGAUGCGUCGUAUUCAGGGCCACGGUGGUGGAGCAGAGGGACGUGUGGUACAUGGACGAUGGCAGCCUGACCAAGGAACUGUGCGAAGAAGAGCGAGACAACCAAGACGUGCAGCCGGAGGUGAUGGACGAGUGCUGCGCCUGCGACGAGGCCAAAUACGAAGUGACCUUCGAGGGACUGUGGUCCAGACACACCCAUCCCAAGGACUUUCCCUCUAAUGAGUGGCUGACCCACUUCUCCGACAUCAUCGGGGCCUCGCACGCCGCCGACUUCCGAAUGUGGGAGUACGGAGGCUACGCUUCAGAGGGCGUUCGUCACGUGGCAGAGAGAGGAGCCACCAAGAAGCUGGAGUCCGAACUGAAAUCCGAGUCGAACAAGAUCCGCACCAUCAUCAAGGCGCGAGGACUUUGGUACCCAAACGUCAACGGGAGAACCUUCGCUGUCUUCCGAGUGGAUCGCUAUCACCAUCUGAUGUCUCUGCUGAGCAUGCUGGGUCCCAGUCCCGACUGGAUCGUGGGCGUCAGCGCCCUGGAACUCUGCCUCAAGAACUGUUCUUGGAUCAUGGAAAAGGUCAUGAAUCUUUAUCCGUGGGACGCUGGAACCGACAGCGGAACCACCUACAUCUCGCCCAAGUCUCCGACGGUGCCACAGGAACGCAUCAGGAGGAUCACGGGCGCCCAGCCCGACUCCCCCUUUUACAACGCCAACGGCAGCCCCACCAAGCCCGUGGCCAGGAUGACCGUCACACGACAGAGAGUCUACGACAAAUCCUGCGACGACCAAGACCUCUUCACCCUGCUGCCCGACAUCGACGUCGACCGACCAGCCAGCAGCAACGUCACAGAAUGCGCCGCCACCCCGUGGUCCGAGUUCGGCCCGUGCAGCGUCAGUUGCGGCCAGGGUUACCAGAUCAGGGUCAGGUCGUACGAGGAGGAGCAGAGGUCGCCUUCGGUCGACUGCGACUUGCAGCUAGAAGAGAAAGUUGCCUGUGAGACUGAGUGCGUGGGCGACGUCAGCUGCGAGACGUCGCCCUGGAGCCGGUGGACCGAAUGCAGCAGCACGUGCGGCAGAGGGCUGAGGACCAGGAGCAGGAAGUAUCGGAACUACGCGGCCAGAAAGGUCUGCACUCUGGAUCUGAUGGAGAAAGAGGCCUGCGGUCCGUCCGAGACCGACUGCCAGACGGGAGAGACGACAGACCCGACGUGCGAAGUGACCCACUGGUCCGAAUGGUCUCCGUGCAGCGCUUCCUGCGGCAAGGGGACGAAAACCAGAACCCGGCUGUACACUAAUCCGACGGGACCCACGGUCUGUAACGCCGAAUUGAUACAGAAAUCUCCCUGCGCCGCCGAGAGACCCGAAUGCACCGUCGACUACGCCGAAGCCAAAGAAAUCUGCACCAAAGAAAAGGACUCGGGUCCGUGCAGAGGAUAUUUUCCCCGCUGGUACUACGACUCCGGCCGCACCAUGUGCCUGCAGUUCGUCUACGGAGGAUGCCGCGGCAACAAGAAUAACUUUGAGCGCUACACCGACUGCAACCGAAUGUGCGAAGUCAUGCUCAGAGAUUACGGGCGGGUGCCCCUGCUGCCUUCGGCCUUCGCCUACGCCUACAGCAUCAAAGACGCCUCGGUCAACCUGGAGAAGGGCCUGGUGUGCGCUCCCAUCGGCGCCCUGGCCGCCCUCCAACCGGGUCCGGCCGCCCCCGUCCCGGACCGAGAACGACCGGUCAUCGACUGCGUGGUCACCGUCUGGUCGGAGUGGACGCCGUGCUCCAGGACCUGCGGCAACGGCCGAAAGGAGAGGAGGAGGAUGGUCAAACUCAACGCCCAGAACGGCGGCAAGCCCUGUCCCAGGAAGUUAGUCCAGAGGAGGAAGUGUAAGGAUAACCCCGCCUGCGAAACAGACUGCGGAUCCGGCAACUGGGAGCAGUGGAGCAGCUGCACCAAGACCUGCGGCCGCGGCGGCAUCCAGAGGAGGAGCAGAAACGCCGAGAGCGGCACGGAGGGCGGGGGCGCCGCCGUCUGCCGACCCAAGACGGAGAGAAGAUACUGCCAACUGCCGCCCUGCGCUCCCUGACGGACGGCGGGUCCCUCCCUUCGCCCGGUCCGACCGCCGCAGGUGCCGCGUUCUUCCUCCGACCCAUCCACCCACUUUUUUACGCUCCGCACUUUUCUUACGUUUCCGGAAGUAGUCGACGGGAGAAUUCCGAAGUAGUCCGGCGCUUCCGGUAGAAGCGGUCCCGUCGGACGUCGGCCGGCUUUUCGUCUGUAGAUUAGAAUGUGGAAGAAUAAAAG